UCGCCCAGUUCCGCGACUAUCAUGCCGAGAAAUUCUUAGGGCAGGGAGAUCCUCGCAUCGUAGACGAAUGGAUUCUGGGCCUGGAGUUUAUCUUCGAGGUCAUGGACUGUCCUGAUAGAUAUCGCGUAAUUUGCGCUCAGCUUCAGCUCACCGGUGAUGCCAGGCUCUGGUGGAACGCUUAUUGGAGCAUGCGUCCCGACGAGAAGGCGGGAUGUACGUGGGAGAUGCUCAAGGAGUUAAUCCGCGAGAAGUAUUACCCCACCUACUACCGAGCAGAGAUGGAGCGACAGUUUCUAUCGCUCCAGCAGGGUACUCGUACUGUUGACGAGUAUGAGAGGGAGUUCACUAGACUUGCAGCUUUCGUUCCUGAUUUGGUGCGCACGGAGGCCCAGCGAGCACAGCGUUUCAUUGACGGGCUUUACUUAGCAGUCCGUCAUAACAUCGUAGGCCACGGGACACAGACGUACGCGCGUGCAGUUUCCAUUGCCCAGGAGGUGGACGCCAGCAUCAGGAGGGAGGCCGUCCGUGAUCAGUUCCAGCCAUCCGCCCCUGCUCAGUCAUCUUCAGUUCCACCGAUGCCAGCUCUACCAUCUGCCCAGCCACCGAAGACUAACAAGAGGAAAGGGAAAGGUGCCCCGACAGAUAAGAGGACCCGACAGAGGCUACAACAAAUCCCACAGUGCCCGACAUGCGGACGACUUCACCGAGGCGAGUGUCGCUUUGGUCAGGUUGUAUGCUACUACUGUCACGAGCCCGGACAUUUUGCGAACCGUUGUCCGAAGAAGGCGCAGCAGCCUCAGCAGCCUCA